GCGCGCGGCGCGGUGCGAAGAUGGCGGCGCCCAUCGGCCGCGGCGGCGCCGAGCCCGGCGCGGCUCCCUACGGGAACUUCCCCAAUUACUCCCGGUUCCACCCGCCCGAGGGCCGCGUCAGCCUCCUGCCCCAGGGGCUCCUGCACAGCCUCUUCCCCGCGGGCACCCGCCCGCUCCUCGGGCUCGAUGUGGGCUGCAACUCCGGGGAGCUCAGCGUGGCUCUGUACCAGCACCUCCUGGGGCUCCAGGACAGCCGUUCUGGCCCGGAGCCGCCGGGCGCCGCGAGGGAGCUGCAGCUGCUGUGCUGCGACAUCGACCCCGAGCUGAUCCGGAGGGCCCAGCAGAGCAGCCCCUUCCCUGCAUCCAUCUCCUUUGCCAGCCUGGACUUCAUGGACCCCGGGGCCAGGGAGCCCUUCCUGAGCUCCUACCUGGAGCGCUUCGGCCGCUCCUCCUUCGACAUCGGCUUCUGCAUGUCGGUGACCAUGUGGAUCCACCUGAACCACGGCGACGGGGGCCUGCUGGAGUUCCUGGCGCUGCUGGCCUCGCUGUGCACCUUCCUGCUGGUGGAGCCCCAGCCCUGGAGGUGCUACCGGGCGGCCGCGCGCCGGCUGCGCCGCCUGGGCCGCGCCGACUUCGAGCACUUCCGCGCGCUGCGGAUCUGCGGGGACAUGGCCGCGAGCGUCACGCGCAUCCUGACGCAGCAGUGCGCCAUGGAGCUCGUCUGCUCCUUCGGGAGCACCGCCUGGGACAGGAGCCUGCUGCUCUUCAGGUCCACGGCCCGUCCCCAGGGCUCCGGCUGAUUCACCGGCAAGGAGCGGAUCUGGGAGUCCCGAAAUCCCUGGUAGGACCAGGUCUUGACUUCCCGUGGGAAUCCAGGCCAAGGAAUGUCUGUGAGUGAUUUUUUUUUAACCGAUUUUGUGGGGUGGGAGGUUGUUCCAAGGAAGCGCUCCUGCAGGCCAAGUUCUAUGCGUGCUUUCCACGUGUAUCAAGAAUAUUUCUGGAAUACCAGGGAAUGUAGAAUGUCCUGAUUGGAAUGGCCUCGCAAGGAUCCUCAAGUCCAGCUCCUGGCCCUGCACAGGACAUUCCAAAAAAAUCCCAUUAAUUCCAAAAUCCUGAUGCCCAAGUUGUCCAGACAUUGCCAGACCUCCAGAACCAUGGAAUAUCCAGAGCUGAAAGGGACCUGUGAGAAUCAGAGUCCUGGGACAUUGGAGUUGGAAGGGACCCACCUGGAUCAUCGACUCCAACUCCUGGCCCCACACAGGACAUCCCAAAAUCCCACCCAGUGCCUGAGAGUGUUGUCCAAGCACUCCCCGACCUCCGGAAUGAUGGAAUAAUCGGAGUUGAAAGGGACCCACAAAGGACCACAGAGUCAUGGAGUACCCUGAGUUGGAAGGGACCAACUCCAACUCCUGGCCCAGGACAACCCAAAAAUCCCACUGAUCCCAAAAUCCCAGCACUCUGAGCUCUGGCUUCUCGGGGCUGUCACCAUUCCCUGGGGAGUUGAUCCAGUGCCCAACACCCUCUGGAUGAGGAACCUUCUCCCAAAAUGCACCCAAAACUCCCCCAAGACUGGGGUGAGGACAAUCCCCUCCCUGACCCAGUGCCCCUGGCUCAGCUCUCCCGGGACAGGGGUCCAUCCCUAAUGGUGAGUGCUUUGGGGAAUGAUAUUCUUGGAAUAAAAAUCACUGGAUUUUAUCCUAAA